AUGGAGCUGGGAACUAUAUUGAACGCGAGAUUGACCGCCCGCACAGGAACAGGAACGCCCUUCGGCAUGCAGCACGCCAUGCAGCACGAACUCCAGCAGCAGCACUUCGGCCCGCCGGCGUACAUGAACGGCCGCAUCAAGUCCGAGAACGGCUCUGAGCGCGGCGUGUCACCACACCCUUCGGACUCGUCCCGCUACUCCUCGCAGCAGCCGCAGCAGCUCCCAUCGUACCCGCCCAUGCCCCCACACAACAUGAACGGCAUGCGAUAUCCGUCGCCGACGCAGAUGCAGACGCCGAUGCCGUUGCUCAACAACAACAACUACAUUCCGAAUCCGCCAGAGCACGCGUAUCCGCCGCAGCAGGCGCCCGAUCAGCAGGCGCAGCAGCCGGGUGGCCGUCCUGCCAACGAGAAUGGCCCGCCCAAGGCAUUCGCGUGCUCAACCUGCGGGAAGGGCUUCGCGAGACGCAGUGACCUCGCACGUCACGAACGCAUCCACAGCGGCAUCCGCCCGCACGUGUGCGAGUACCCCAACUGCGGUAAGCAGUUCAUCCAGCGAUCAGCCCUGACGGUCCAUCAACGUGUCCACACCGGCGAGAAGCCACACAUGUGCGAGCGUUGCGGAAAGCCUUUCAGUGACUCAAGCUCCUUGGCGCGACACCGUCGAAUCCACUCUGGCAAGCGACCAUACAAGUGCCCAUAUGCCGACUGCCAGAAGACCUUCACGCGUCGCACCACCCUGACCCGCCAUCAGAACCACCAUACCGGCACCAUCGAGGAUGCGGCUGCUGCGACUGCUGCUGCCCUUGCCUCACGUGCCUCGGCCCCGAGCAGGUCUGCCCGUUCCGAUGCCGAGGACUACUCCGAGACGGCCUCGCCGUUGAACACCCCGUCUCCCAACGACCGACCGCUGUCGCUCUCUCCCGCCGCCGGAAUGCCUGCGGGCGUUGUGCCAGGUAUGCACCGCCAGGCCUCUGACUAUGCCUACAUGGGCAACAUGAAUGUGCCGCCCCAUCUCCGCAACGAGAUGCCCCAGCCCAGCCCGCGUGCCUCCCCGGCCUUGACCUCCCAGUCGUACACGUCGACUGCGAGCAACUCGCGUCCCGCCAUCACCUCCCACCCGAGCGGAUACGGCCCGCCCCCGAUCCUGGAGCCGCCGGCAUCUGCCAACCACAACCAGUCCGGAGGCACGAGCAGCGCCACUGGCAGCCCGCACAUGUCGGCGGUGGGCUGGCAGUCGCCGUCGCAGCAGGCGUUGCCAUCUCCGGGCCCCGGUGACAGCAGCUACGUGUAUCCGGAGCCGCAGUAUGGCCACCCGCAGCAGAACAUGUACUAUCAGAACAACAACAUCCGUCGCCCCAACAGCACUGAGCCGGAUCACUACAAUCCCAACCAGCAGCGCAUGACGAACGAGAUGUGGGCUUCGGCGGUGCAGUAA